AUGAUGGAAGAAAUAGAUAGAUUUCAAGUGCCGAGUGCCGUGCAGGAGGCGGAGAUGCAGGCUGAGAUGCAGCCGCUGGACCCUGCCUCGUCCACGGCCUCAGAGGCGGACUCAGACACCAGAGAGGGGGAACCUGUCACCAUCAACUACAAGCCCUCACCACUGCAGAUGAAAAUAGAGAAACAGAGAGAGCUUGCGAGGAAGGGCUCGUUGAAGAACGGCAACACUGUAGGUAGUCCAGUCAACCAGCAGCCGAAGAAGAACAACGUCAUGGCCAGAACACGGUUGGUAGUGCCCAAUAAAGGUUAUUCCUCUUUAGACCAGAGCCCAGAUGAGAAGCCCUUGGUGGCCCUAGACACAGACAGUGACGAUGACUUUGACAUGUCUAGAUACUCAUCAUCGGGAUACUCCUCUGCUGAGCAAAUUAACCAGGAUCUGAACAUCCAGCUGCUGAAAGAUGGCUACCGCCUAGAUGAGAUCCCAGACGACGAGGACCUGGAUCUGAUCCCACCCAAAUCAGUCAACCCUACCUGCAUGUGCUGCCAGGCAACCUCCUCCACCACCUGUCAAAUACAGUAA